UGCAGCACUGUGUAGUUUGGUAAACAAAGGCUUUGCCGCCUUGUGUUAUGCUAAGUUGGUUGACAAAAAAAUUAUUUUCGUAUCUACAUUUCAUUCUUUAUUAAUCCCUUCAAUAAGUAAACAUUCGUUUUUGUAAAUAUGCAACAAUGUUGCGUAUUCGGGUGCCGAAAUAUCGGGAAUCAUAGUUUCCCUAAAGACAAAAGAAUUCGAAAACUAUGGGAAGCCGCCACACGCUGCAAAAAUUUUCGAGCCAGUAAAUGGUCGAAAAUAUGCUCUGAUCAUUUUAAACCUGAAGACUACGUAAGAUAUGGACUUUAUACAGGCCUUUUAGUAAACCGCAUCUUAAAGAAGGGAACAGUACCUUCAGUUUUCACAUGGUCGAAAACUGAAGACUUAAAGUGUAGUCAAAGGCGGCGAAGAGCUGAGGCACGUGCUGCUAAACGAGAAGAUCCAAUUAUUUCAUUGCCAGAAUGCAAUGAAUUAGCUCUCAACUCAAAUAUGUGUCGUUUCGUAGAUAAAGCACAAGCAAGCACUUCAUCAGAGACAGCCAUCCCAGAUUUCGAAGUGGAUUGUGUUGAAAAAGCGGUGGUAGCAAAUAUACCAAUACCAAAAAUAGUGCAAAAUGAUAACACUAGUGUUCGUGAAAGUGGAACACAAAAAAAUUACCAAUUUUUCGCUGUGGAAUCAUUUAGGAACGAUGAUAAAGGUAUUGAUUUUUAUACAGGACUUGAAUCAUUUAAGAAAUUUAUGUUUGUUUUUGAUACUUUAUGUCCUGAAGCCUAUUCAAUAACCUAUUCAAGAAGUUGUGUGUUAGGUCUGAGUGUUGAAGAUCAAUUCUUUUUAACAUUGAUUAAAUUGAAGAGAAAUAAGGAAGAUUAUGAGCUUGGUCGCUUUUUCGAUGUAAGUCCUUGUACGGUAUCAGACAUAUUUAUUACUUGGAUUAAUUUUAUGCAUCAAAUGUGGUCAAUGUUGAAUAUAUGGCCUACAAGAGAAUUAGUAAAUUUCUACAUGUCUGGAGGAUUUAAACAGUAUUAUCCUUCCACUAGAGUAAUAGGAGACCAUACAGAAAAUCCUAUACAGCGACCUGUAAACCUAGCUGCACAAAGAAAAACUUUGAGUUCAUAUAAGAACCAUUCAACUAUCAAGAUUGAAGUAGAGGCAUCCCCAAGUGGCCUAAUAUCCCAUUGUUCAGAUGCUUAUGCUGGAAGUACAAGUGACAAAAAGAAUGUAGUGAGAAGUCAACUUUACCAAAAGAGUGAAAAAGGAGACAGUAUCAUGGCGGACCGAGGGUUUAAUAUGCAGGAUAUAUUUGCUCAUAAAGGUGUAACUGUCAAUAUACAUCCAUAUUUUAAGGGGAAAUGUCAAUUGCCUGGAAUGACUGUAGUAAAUGAUCCUAAACUUUCUUCAAAGAGAAUACAUAUUGAAAGGCUUAAAGAACUAACUAAAACAUAUUUUAUGUUACAUAAUCCUGUAAAUAGUAAUUUUGUACCACUGAUGUCUAAAAUAUAUUUUGUUUGUAUCAUGUUGUGUAACUUCCGUGAAAAUUUUGUUACAAAUACAGCCUAGUGCUUGGGGUAUGCUGUUCUUUUAGCAAAUAUAUUAGGACCUUACAUAUCAGAAAACACAGAAUAUAUCUUUGAUAUCAAUGAUUCCUUAUAAUAAUAAUAGCCUUUAUUCAGACUUAAAUUACCGUUUGAAUAUUUACAAUUUUUAUUUUCACUAUGCUAACUCCAUCUAUAUGUCGCUUAUUGACAUAGGCCUCCUCCAACUUAUGCCAUUUAAUUCUGUUGUUUGCUUCUCUUGUCCAUCUGCCACCUGCUACAGUUAAUAUCAUCAACCCAAUAUCUUAGGUUUACCACAUUUUCUCUUUCUUUCCUUGUCUACCUUGAUCUGCUCCUUGUCUACCUUGAUAAUUCAUCACUAGUUUUGGCCAUUUUUCACUGCCUUGGAUUGUAUGGCCUGUCCAUUUCUAUUUAAGCUUUCUUAUUGUUAUUAUGAUACCCUUUGUUCCGAUCCGACGCGUUUUUUAAUGUUUUCAAUUCUUAUUCUAUCAGAAAGUCUUUCUUUGCAUGGAAUUUUUGAAGGU